AUGCUAAACCAAAUCAAUUAUUCAACAUUCAUUCUAAGAGGAGGAGGUUGUGGAAUGACAAAAACUAAUUUCGCUAUGUAAUCUUAAAACAAUUCCAUUCAAACUGAUGUUUAUGAUUUCUUUUUAAGUUUCAAUAAUUAUAUUUAUAUAAUCGAAUCUAACGAAUAAGCAUCAUCAGAAAUAAUGAUAGCAAUAAGAUGGUUUAUUUUUUAGGAAGAAAACAUCUACAAAAUUAAUAAGAAUGUUUAAAGUGUUAAGAAAUCAUCCGAUUUAGUUUUAGAUGGGAUUAGACGAUUAUUGAUCAGCUGUUAAACGUACAUUAGAUCAGAUUUCUUUAAAUGUUUGUAUAUUUUAUAGAUUAAAACAUCCCUAUCUAAAGUAAUAUUUAGCUUCCAUUUAAUGAAUGAUGAGAGAUUCAUGAAAUGUGAAACUUAAAAUUAUUUUCUUGAAAUUUAUGAUGGAUUGCAAUAAUAAAUGGAAAUCGAAAGGAAUGAUUUAAUUUAAAAUUAGAUAGAACUUUUUCUUUUUUUAACAAAAACAUCCUUUGAGAUUGCUCCAAACUAUAGUAAAGAAAAGGAAGAAAUAUUAACAGGGUCCUUAAAAGGUAUAAUAAGUUCUCUAAUUAAAAUGAGUCCAGAUACUGAACUACUUGAAUAGUUAUUAAAGGGAGCCUGUUUGCUUUAUAAAAUGUAAGAUAUUUCUAAAAAGAGAUAAUAAUAUGAAGUUUUUUAUUAAGUAGACAUGUUGUAAUGGGAGGUAGUAAGUUAUUUUAAAAAAAGAAAAAUACAGAAAUCUAGUACAAAUAAUUUUACAAAUUGAGGCUAUAUAUGAAACACUAGUGAAAUGUUCAAUAAAUUGGAGAGAACAUUAUAUCUGGAUUUAAAUGAUUGGUAAAUUAUUAGUCUUUAAUCCUCUACUAACAAAAAAAAAGUUUGGCCAGUUGAAUAACCCGUUAAAUGUUGGGUUAAAGUCAUUUGUUUAGAUUUGGAAGGAUUAUACUAAUAGAGGGCUACUAAUAUGAAUUCCUAACAGCAAUGAUUUAGCUGUUAUCUAACUUAAUUAACUUGAAAAUAAUAAUAUAAAUUAAGUAGAUGGAUUCAUUUUAGAAGACAGUUUCAAAGGAUGGGAAGACUUUCUUAUACUUAAACAAUUUUUGAUGAAUGAAGAAAAUGAGAAUACUCCAUUUACAAUGAGUUCAUACUUAAAAUGUAAAUUAGACCAAAACUAGGAAAAAAAUUUUACUAUUGAGAAAAUGUAAACACUUUUUAGUUUCCUAAUCUCAUCUAAGUUAAUUAAUAUAAUAAAAUAAAAUGAUGAGAGCCUGAGGGAAGUAAUUAAAAUCUGGAAGAAUAAAUAUUGUAAUUAGCAAUUUAAGAAAUUUAAGACUCUAGAAAUCUUUUUUCCUAGCAAAAUUGUGAAACAGAAGGAAUAACAAUGCUUUCUUAAUAGAAAUUGUUGA